GCGGCGGAGAGCGAGCGGCUGAACAGCCACGUAACCGCCACCGAGUCGGGGGGUGCACAGCCGCGGGGGUGGAGCUCCCACUCGCAGAGGGAGAUCGGCCGGGAGGGGAGGGAGAGCCCGCGAGCGUUCGAAGCGGGGCGUCAGAUGCUGGAGGGGAGAUGCGGGAAGGGUUUGGAAGAGGGCCACAGAGGGAGACCCCGUCCCCACCCCCACGAGAGUUUUCAAACCUCAGCCACCCCCGGAAGAACCUUCGGGGUGUCAAGAGUACUACAGUCCGAAACAUAGAUGGUUCUAUUAAUAACAUCAAAGAAGAUGAAGAAGAUGAUGUAGUGGAUUUGGCAGCUAAUUCACUCUUAAACAAGUUAAUCCGUCAGUCCUUAGUAGAAUCCAGUCACCGUGUGGAAGUUUUACAGAAGGAUCCCAGCUCUCCACUUUACUCAGUAAAGACAUUUGAAGAGCUGCGGCUAAAGGAAGAGUUACUAAAAGGAAUCUAUGCAAUGGGAUUUAAUAGGCCAUCCAAAAUCCAAGAGAUGGCUCUCCCUAUGAUGCUGGCACAUCCACCCCAGAACCUCAUAGCACAGAGCCAGUCGGGAACAGGAAAGACAGCGGCAUUCGUGUUGGCAAUGUUAAGCAGAGUUAAUGCCUUGGAAUUGUUCCCACAGUGCCUCUGCCUAGCUCCUACUUACGAAUUGGCUCUGCAAACUGGCCGUGUGGUUGAGCAGAUGGGAAAAUUCUGUAUGGAUGUUCACGUGAUGUAUGCCAUUCGAGGGAAUCGAAUUCCCAGAGGCACCGACAUCACUAAACAGAUUAUAAUUGGCACUCCUGGGACUGUCCUAGAUUGGUGUUUUAAACUAAAAUUGAUUGAUUUGACUAAGAUUCGUGUGUUUGUCCUGGAUGAAGCAGAUGUGAUGAUUGACACUCAAGGAUUCUCAGAUCAUAGUAUUCGUAUUCAAAGAGCUCUACCCUCCGAAUGCCAAAUGCUCCUCUUUUCAGCAACCUUUGAGGACUCUGUGUGGCACUUCGCUGAACGAAUCAUCCCUGACCCUAAUGUUAUCAAGUUACGCAAAGAGGAGCUUACCCUGAACAACAUCCGGCAAUAUUACGUGUUGUGUGAGCACAGGAAAGACAAAUACCAAGCUCUGUGCAACAUUUAUGGCAGCAUCACCAUUGGCCAGGCCAUCAUCUUCUGCCAGACUCGUCGAAACGCUAAGUGGUUGACCGUGGAGAUGAUACAGGAUGGCCACCAGGUGUCUUUGUUGAGCGGGGAACUGACCGUGGAGCAGCGAGCUUCCAUCAUUCAGAGGUUUCGGGAUGGGAAAGAGAAGGUUCUCAUAACAACUAAUGUUUGUGCUCGAGGGAUUGAUGUGAAGCAAGUCACGAUUGUUGUGAACUUUGAUCUCCCUGUAAAACAAGGAGAGGAGCCAGACUAUGAGACCUACCUCCACCGCAUAGGGCGGACAGGGCGCUUUGGGAAGAAGGGCCUUGCCUUCAACAUGAUUGAAGUGGAUAAGCUGCCCUCGCUCAUGAAAAUCCAGGACCACUUUAACAGCAGUAUUAAACAACUCAACGCUGAAGACAUGGAUGAAAUUGAAAAGAUUGACUAUUGAAGAAAGAACUUUAUUGUUUGUGCAGUAUCCUAGUUUAUGUGAGAACAUCUCAGUGGGUUUUGAAGGUAGUUUUUUUAUGUUGAGGCUUUUUCAACAUGAAACUGUCACAGAUGGCAAAAUAAAUGUCACUGUACUUAGUGUUAAGACAUGAGGUCUUUUUGAAACCAAAUUGAUGUGAAGCUUGUGAUCCUUUUGAAUAAAAAAAAAGCAAGAUUAUUUCUUAUUCUAA